GUCAGACCCGUUCCUGCUACCUGAUUGGUCUCUCUCCUCCUGGGUGGGCGGUGCCGACGGAUCCACAUGGAGUCUGCUGGGGGUCUCUGUGCCCAGCAGUCUGCUCCAUCCUCCGGUGGAGAAGCUCCGAAUACUCUGCAGCAACUUCAUCAUCCUCAACAUCUGUACGGAAAAUAACUGAACUGUCUGCUGAUGUUCCCACAUUUUUACCAGCAGCAACGGAGAAGAAAAGACUGCUCUUCUUCCACUUGUGCGUAAAAUAAUUUUUCAUUUGAAUUAUUAACUGGAGAGGAAUAUCGGCUGCAUGCUGUCACUGAUGUUUUCCCUUUGCGCAGUGGAUGGACUUUGAGCUCUUUCCUUCACUCACCAAAACGGAUUAAGGAGUUAAUUAGAGACAUUAUACGUAAAUCAGUGCUUCCCUGCAUCAGGGAACUUGGCUGUUUCUCGCAAAGAAAUAUUUACGCGUAAAAUCCUUCUUAGUGGAUCACUGUAAGAGACAGAUCCGCUCUUGUGGCUCUGCCGGACGCUUUGCUGUCUUCUCCAACUGCAACGGGUUUGAUGGAAACAUGACCAGAGCUGCAACCGGAGCGGUUCUCCUGCACAACCUUCUCUUCCACCUGCUCCCGCUGCUGCUGCUACAUGCCUCAGCGGUGUGUCUGUCCGCGCAGCCCCGGCAUCCAGCGCGCUACUUCGGACAAAUAGCCGAGAACUCCCCGGCUGGGACGCCGGUGGCCGGGAUGGUGUUGCUGCUGGGAGCCAGCGGCUGCCCCGGUGCGGACCUGAAUGCCAGCCUGGUGGGGGAUUACGCGUCCGAUUUUAGGCUUGUUCGCUACCGUGGGCACCGGGACCACCGGGGGCAUCUGGGUUUGGUCUCCGCCAAAGCUCUGGACCGGGAGUUUAUAGCGAUGUACGAGCUGACUGUGGAGCUGCCGCCGCAGUGUCUGAGGAGACCGGCCGCCGUCCAGGUCGAAGUGUCGGACAGGAACGACAACAUCCCCCGGUUCACCAGCGGGAACCAGACGGUUGAAGUGGACGAACUGACGCCGCUCGGUACCGACCUGGUCCGCUUUGACGCGAAGGACGGCGACGCGGAGAGGAACGGACGCGUCACUUUUUACGCGUCACCGGAGUCUCACCUGCUCCACGUGGUUCCACAAACCGGGCAGGUGAGGCUGGUCGGGUCCCUCCUGGGUGUCAGCCAGGUGACUCUGCGCCUUUUCGUGAAUGACAGCGGAGAUGUGGUGCUGAUAGGUGAGCCGGUGUUCUUGCGCAUCAACGUCCGCCGCUCCAGCAGAGCGCGGCGGAGGCCCCGGGCUCUGUCCGAAGAGCUGACCUACACCGUGACCGUCCCGGACCACGUCAGAGUCGGGGACCUGGUGUUCACGGUGCCGGACCAGAAGUUCGAGCAGCGGUGGUUCGAGGUGAUGUCCGAGGCCGACUCGCCGGUCCAAAUCGAGCGGGACUCGGGGCGCCUGUACCUGGCGCGCAGCCUGCGGGAGCCCGCCGAGGUGGUGGUGAAGAUCCAGAACGUCCGAGGUGAUGAGUGGUACCUGUGCAGGCUGACUCUGAGCAUGCCCAGCCAGGCUGACCUGCAGUGGGUGAUGUUUCCCUCACCUUACCUGGGCGCUGUGGGUCCUGACGCCACGACCGGCUCUGUAGUGUACCGACUGUCGGCACGGCAACGAGACGGGAUGCUUGGACAAGCCCAGUUCCUCCUACUGGAUGGUGGGGAGGAGUGCUUCGAGGUGGAUCGUCGCUCUGGUGUGAUCAAGACCACGGGACGACCUCUGACCCCGAGUAAGGAGUACCUGCUGCGGGUGCAGGCGAUGGACGGGCAUGGUCGUAAAGGCCUGCCGGCUACAGUGGCCAUUCUGGCUGGCUAUCGACCGCCGCAGUUCACCAACUCCAGUUACAGCCUGAACGUACCAGAGAACACACCUGUCGGCCAACCUGUCGCAGUGGUUCAGGCCAUCUCCUUCCAGAAGAAGAGUCUGUCCUACAUGCUGCUGGUGAAUCCUGGGAAUCUGUUCAGCAUCAGCCAGGAGAAUGGAGCGCUCAGCCUCACCAGGACUGUCGACUACGAGAGCGGACACAACCUCCACACCGUGCAGGUCCGCGCCUCCGAGCCCGACACCGGCCUCAGCGGCGUGGCGGAGGUCAUCGUCCAUAUCACAGAUGAGAACGACUGCACACCGGAGUUCCUCCACUCCAUCUACACCAGAGACAACAUACCUGAGAGCAUCGCACCUGGAACCUCCCUGCUUCAAGUUCUGGCCCGGGACUGUGACUCCGGUGUGAACUCGGAGCUCUCUUACUUCGUUCACGGUGGCGACUUUGACAUCACAUCAGGGGGCGUGGUCAGCCCCGCCCGUCGCCUGGACUAUGAGCGACCCAAUCACGUCUACGAGUUCGUGGUGGUCGCCGUGGAUGCAGGGACGCCCCCCCGCACGGGCACCGCCUCUGUCCGCAUCCGGGUUGCCAAUAGCAACGACGAGGCACCCGUCUUCUCCCAGAGCGUUUAUAAGACCUUCCUAAGUGAAGAUGCCGGCCCAGACACGCUGGUCGCCAUCGUUCACGCCAACGACCCGGACGGAGACACCGUCUCUUACGCCAUCACUGGCGGCAAUGAGGACAGCAACUUCCUGCUGGACAACCAGAAGGGCAUCAUCAAGCUGCGGAGGAGUCCGCCUCCCAGGCUCAGGGGACCACAGUACGUUCUCGACAUCACCGCCACGGACGACAACGCCUCCGGUGGGCCGUACCCGCUCAGCAGCUCUGCCCAGGUCAUCGUAGGGAUCAACGACAUCAACAACAACAAACCGAUCUUCCAGGAGUGUCAGAACUACAGUCUGAACGCGGUGGUCCUGGAGAACCAGCCGCCAGGGACGUUUGUCCUGCGCGUCCAGGCCCACGACGCUGACAUGGGGGUCAACGGAGAGGUCAAGUACGGCAUCAUGCACAGAGACGGAGUGUCGUCCGGGUUUGACAUCAAUCCCGACACCGGUGUGAUCGCCACAACGGUGAGUUUCGACCGGGAGCGUCAGAGGGAGUUCACGCUGUCGGUGACGGCCACAGAUCAGGCCGAGGAGCCGCUCAUCGGGAUCUGUCAGAUCACCGUCCUUAUCGCCGACCAGAACGACAACGACCCCAAGUUUGAAAACAGCCGCUACCAGUACUUCCUGCGGGAGGACACUCCGGUAGGAACUAGUUUCCUUCGAGCAGCGGCACACGAUGAUGACCAGGGGAGUAACGCGGCCAUCACCUACUCCCUGUCCAAUCAGAAGCCAGCUUACCUGCACAUCAACCCCAGCACUGGCUGGAUUUAUGUCAACCACCCCAUCUCACAGACGUCCAGGAUCAACCAGCAGAUCGUGGCGUCAGAUGGAGGGAACCGCAGCAGCUCUGUGGAGCUGACCGUCAUCAUUACAAACGUCCACAACCAGCCGCCGCACUGGGAGCAGCCCGAGUACUGGGUCACCGUGCCAGAAAACACUGUGCGAGACGCCAAGAUAGUGACCAUCAAGGCGACAUCUCCGCUCGGUGACCCCCGGGUGACCUACAACCUGGAGGAGGGUCAGGUCCCGGAGACCAACAUGCCGGUGCGGUUCUACGUCAAGCCGAACCGCGCGGACAGCUCGGCGUCCAUCCUGGUGGCCGAGAACCUCGACUACGAGACGACGCGCUUCUUCAUGCUCAGAGUGCGAGUCCAGAACGUCGCUGCUGUGCCGCUCGCAUCGUUCACCACCGUCUACGUCAACGUGACAGACGUGAACGACAAUGUUCCUUUCUUCCUGUCGUCCACCUACGAGGCCACGGUUCCUGAAGGGGCAGAGAUCGGCACGUCGGUGGCUCAAGUGUCGGCCACAGACCUGGACUCUGGUCUGCACGGGAUGAUCCACUAUGUGAUCCUGAAGGAUGAGAGCGGGGACUCCCAGUUCUUCAGCAUCGACUCACGCAGCGGCGUCAUCGUCACUCGAGCCUCCUUCGACCGCGAGCAGAAAGCCUCCUACCUGAUCGAGGUCCAGUCGCAGGACGGCUCCGAGUCGUCCAGACCAGGCCAGCAGGGACAACCCAACACUGACACGGCCUACGUCAGGAUCUUCGUCACCGACGUCAACGACAACGCCCCGGCGUUCGCCCAGCCGGUGUACGAGGUGAGCGCGGAGGAAGACAAGGAGGUCGGCUUCGUCCUCAUCACCGUCACCGCCAACGACGAGGACGAAGGUGCCAACGCCAAGCUGCGCUACCAGAUCACCUCAGGAAACACCAUGGGCACCUUCGACGUGGAGCCCGAGGUGGGCACCAUCUUCGUGGCUCAGCCGCUGGACUACGAGAUGGAGCAGCGCUACGAACUCCGGCUGGUCGCCUCUGACGGGAAGUGGGAGAACGAGACGCUGGUGGUGGUUCAGGUGGUCAAUCGCAACGACGAGGCGCCCGUCUUCAGCCAGACCGAGUACCACGCCGCCGUGACCGAGGAGCUCUCCCAGCUGCCUGUUUUCAUCCUGGAGGUGUCGGCCACAGAUCCAGACCAGGAGGCCGACCAAAACGCCCUCCGCUACUCCCUCCAUGGCCAGGGCGCCGGUGGCGAGUUCACCAUUGAUGAACGCACUGGAAGAAUCUACGCCCAACGGCGCCUGGACCGCGAGGAGCGCCCAGCCUGGAGAUUCCUCGUCCUCGCCACAGACGAGGGAGGGGCAGGACUCACAGGGUUUGCUGAUGUGCUGUUAGAGGUCAGAGAUGUCAACGACAAUGCACCCUUCUUCCCGUGUCCAGCAAUGGAAGUAGACGGAUGUUUUGUUGGCCAAGUGCCUGAAAAUUCACCUGCCGACACCUCCGUCAUGGAAAUGCGCGCCAUGGACCUGGACGACCCCAAUGAGGGCAAGAACGCCAUGCUGACCUACAGCAUCAUCAAGAAUGUCCGCAAUGAGAUUAACCUCAACCUGUUCUCCAUCAACGCCAGCACAGGCACCAUCUACACAGUUCUACGUUCCCUGGACCGGGAGGUGGAGGAGCGGUAUCUGGUGGUGGUAGAGGCCAGAGACGGAGGGGGUUUGGCGGGAACAGGGACAGCCACCAUCAUAGUUUCAGAUGUCAACGAUCACCCACCUGUCUUCACUCAGAGGCUCUACACCACUCAGGUGACAGAGGACCUGGAGGUGAACAGUGAGGUUCUCGUAGUUUCUGCUACAGACGGCGAUCAGGGUGAGAACGCUGUGGUAACCUUCAGCAUUGUUGGUGGUGACGAAGACAGGAAGUUCUUUGUGGAGACAGACAAAGUGAACCGACGCGGCGUGAUAAAACUUAAGAAGAAGGUUGACUUUGAGAAACCCCAUGAGAGGACUUUCAAUCUGACCCUGAAGGCUGAAGACGCUGAUUUCUUCAGUCUGGCGUACUGUCUUGUUCAGGUGGAAGACUCCAAUGACCACGCCCCCGUGUUUUUUCCCCAAUUCUAUGAGUCACCAGCCAUGUCUGAAGAUGUACCUGUGGGGACAAUUGUUGCUCAGGUUACAGCUUCUGAUCUAGACUCGGGCCAAAAUGGACGCUUUUCUUACAGUAUUUCAAAAGAGUCUGACCCCUACAGUCAGUUUCUGGUGGACCAGUCUGGUUGGGUGGUAGUGGCCGAUUCUCUGGACAGGGAGAAAAUCUCGCAGCACAGGAUCAUGGUCCUCGCCACAGACGCUGGGAGUCCACCCCUGACUGGCACUGCCAUCGUGAUGGUCACCGUACUUGAUAUUAAUGACAAUGGGCCAGAGUUCGAGGUCCCUUAUAAGCCUGUUGUUUGGGAGAACACGCCGGCACCCCAGGCGGUUCAAAUGAACGAAACCUCCCUCCUCCUCCACGCCACUGACCGGGACACCUCCACCAAUGGCGGACCGUUCUCCAUACGGCUUCUCAUGCUCACCUCAGAUGCCACCAACUUCAAUUUGACUGACUUUCGCAACGGCAGCGCCACCAUCACUGCCCUCCGGACCUUCGACCGCGAACGGCAGAAGGAAUACCUCCUCCCGAUUCUCAUGAUUGACAGUGGCUCUCCUCCAAUGAGCUCCACCAGCACACUGACGGUCGUCAUUGGUGACAGGAAUGACCACCCUCACUCACCAGGACACACCAACUUUAUCGUCUACAGUUAUGAGGGUAUUCUCCCGACGACGGUGCUCGGACGAGUUCAAUCCCCUGACCUUGAUGACUGGAGUAAGAAGGUGUACCGGUUCGAAGGCAAACCAUCCAGGUUGUUCAGUCUGAACCAGAGCUCAGGUCAGCUCAGUAUCAGGGAGGGGGCUCCUCCAGGCUCGUACCACCUGCAGGUACGCGUGUCGGACCACACCUGGCCCGACGUCACCUCCACAGCUCAGGUGGACGUCAGGGAACUGCAGCAGGACGCCCUGCAAAACGCCGGCUCCAUCCGCAUGACCAACCUGACAGUGGAGGACUUCUUCAGCAGUAGUGGAGGUGAGGAGAGUCGGUUCUCCCGUCUGGGUCGAACGUUGGCUGAACUCCUGCAGACUUUGCCAGAAAAUGUCCAGAUCUUCUCUGUGGGCGACGUCGCCCAGCGGGGAGAGAAGGCGCUCGACGUCUGGUUUGCCGCUCAUGGCUCGCCGUAUUACAAGGCCGAGAAGCUGCACGGCUACGUGGCAGCAAACAAAGCCAAGUUGGAGGGCAUGUUGGGCGUUUCCAUCUCUCAGGUGGGCAUUGACGACUGUCCCUACACAGACUGCAGUCAGUCUGGAGGCUGCAGCAACGAGGUUUCAUUCAGCCAGGCCCCGGUGGCUCUCAGCACCGGUAAUGCCUCUCUGGUGUCGCUUAGGGCCUCAUCUACAGCGCGAUGCGGCUGCCGGGGCCGAGAGGCGAUCCACCUGACCUGCUCCGCCUACCCCACCAACCCCUGCCUCAACGGGGGCACCUGCCAGGACGGGCCGCUGGGAUACAGGUGUAAGUGUCCUCCCAUGUUCGACGGGCCUGAGUGCCAGCAGACCAAACACAGCUUCGGCGGCCAGGGCUACGCCUGGUUCCCUCCCAUCAUGCCUUGCUUCCAGAGCCACAUCUCCCUGGAGUUCCUGGCUGAGUCGGCAAAUGGGCUGCUCCUCUACAACGGGCCUCUCGGCCCCGCCCACUCUGGGGAGCAGGAGGAUUUUAUCGCUGUCGAGUUGAGGAACGGGGUUCCAGCUCUGAGUAUAAACCACGGAUCAGGAACCCUGACCCUGCAGCUCCCACCGAAAUCCACCGUCACCGACCGACGCUGGCAUCACCUCGACAUCAUCAGCGACGGAAAGGCCGUGCAGCUGAUCCUGGACCAGUGUGGGGGGGUGGCGGCGAAUGAGUUGGAGGGUGUCGGGACACACACUCAGGAGAUGGACGAGUCCGGCUGCAGAGCUGCAGGAGAGACUCCGGGAAACCAGAGGUAUCUGAACGUCUUCCAGCCUCUUCAGUUGGGAGGAGUGAAGGAAACAUCUCCUCAUCGACGUUACCGCAGUUUCACCGGCUGCAUCCGCAACCUGGUGGUGGACAGUCAGGUGUACGACCUGGCGUCUCCAGGCGAGAGCGUGGACAGCACCCCUGGGUGCAGGCUGACAGACGGGGUGUGUGUGACGGCGGCCGGUCCCUCCUGCGGCGUUCAGGCCUCCUGCCUCGCCGACUGGGGCUCCUUCAGCUGCGAGUGCCACCCAGGAUACACCGGACACAAGUGUGACACUGCCGUCCCGGAGUUCUCCUUCGACUCGGGCAGCGUCGGGCGUUUUCAGCUCAGAGGAGGCGGCAGCUCUCGCCGCACAAACAUCCAGUUGCUCCUCCGAACCAGAGCCACUUCGGGCACCCUGCUCUCCGUGACGUCCCGGGAGGCCAACGAGUACAUCGUCCUGGAGAUCACGGAGGGUCACCUCUCUGUUCGUGCCAACCUUGGUGACGGCGCCCAUGCCCUGCGACUCCCCGGCCAGCGGGUGGACAUCGGGCAGUGGGUCCUGGUCAGCCUCAGUCGCCAUGACAACCUGUUCACCCUGCAGCUGGAGCAGGGCGGGGGCUCGCAUGAGGUCCAGGCCCGUUUGGGGAGCCGCAGGGAGAUCGUGGUUCACCCGGCCAGCGUGACGGUCGGCAACGGCCCGAACGUUGGAGACAAGGCCGACUUUCAGGGUUGUCUGCGGGACGUUCGUUUUAACGGCCAGGUCCUGCCUCUGGACGGGCAAAGCCGGGACUUGUUGACGGUGCUGGAGAGGCGGAGCAUCACCUCGGGGUGCUCCAGCGACGCCUGCAGCAGCCAACCCUGCCGCAGCCCGCUGCACUGCAUCGACCUGUGGAGGAAACACCAGUGCAGGUGUCCCGGAAGUCAGGUGACAGUGACAGACGACUCAGGUCAGCAGCGCUGUGUGCCGUCGCCCUGCGGACCUUCUUCCUGCCGUAAUGGUGGCAUCUGCCAGGCGCUGUCGCCCGAUAGCUACCGGUGCCGGUGUCAGGAGGGGUUCAGGGGUCAGCGCUGUGAGCUGGGGCAGGUCAAAGGUCACCGGCUGGCUGCCCUCAGCCCCAGCUCCAUCCUGGCCAUCAGCAUGUGUCUGCUCGUCUUCUUCGCGGUGCUGGUGGCGGUGACGGUGUGGAACCAGAAAGGCAGCCGUAACAAGUUCAGGAAGCGAGGAGUUUACCACAUCCCCGCUGAACACGAGAGCUGGGAGGACAUCCGAGAAAACAUCCUCAACUACAACGAGGAGGGAGGGGGGGAGCAGGACCAGAACGGUUACGACAUCACAGAGCUGAAGCGUCCGCUGUGCUCCAGUUUGUCCCAGUCCUCGUCCUGCACCACCGCCCCGCUCAUCAAGUCCUCGCCCGGCUCCCAGGAGGAAGUUCACCCGUCCGGCUCCUCCUGCAGCUCAGGCGCUCCCUACCUCAGCAUCCCGCAUCAGCAUCACCACCAUCAUCAGCACGCCACCACCAACAACUACACCAGCGACGCAACCUAUGCUAACUACACCACUCGUGUAGGCCGGGACAUGGAGACGAGCGACGGAGGGGGUUAUGUGGACGCCCCUUCAGGGUCUCGCUCCCACGGGGAUUUUAAGAGCUACGUGGCGCGAAUCAUCUGGGAGGCGGACAACGACAGCGAGGCGUUCCCGCCGGACGCGUACCACGUGUGGUGUGUGGAAGGCUCUGGGUCGUCAGCAGGAAGCCUCAGCUCGCUGGGGUCGGCCACGUCACGUAGGGAAAACAUUGCCAUCGCCCGUGGCGAGGAGGAGGAAGAGGAGGAGGACAAAGAGGAUGAAGGGGAGUUUGUUUACGACAGGCUGUCGCGGUGGGGCCCCAAGUUCCAGGCUCUGAGCGAGAUGUACGACCGGCCCCAGCUGACCCUCACAUACAGGGACGCAGUGGCCUACAUACAGAGGAGCCACAGCCACGACCCCCUGCCUCAUCACCACUAGGGGGCGCUACACAACACCACCCACCUAAACACACAGUUAAUGCAGACUGGGAGGGACGGUGCUGCGUUCAAGUCCAAUUUUAAACCAACCAAAAACUAAAUAAAAACAUAAUGACAUGUCAGUUGUUCUAUAGGGAGAAAAAUCAACAUCACAGUAUUAAAAAGAAUAUUUUUCCUAUACAUAUAUCACAAUAUUGAUGCUCAGUCGAAAGGAACUGUGCUGUAGUGUUUUUAUUCACACAACAUUCAGACGAAACCUUCAAAAUCUCAUGUUGCUGUUUUUUUUAAUGACAAUUGAAUCAAUAAUUUAGAUGGUAGACUUUUAUCAAAGUUGAUCGAAUAAAUUAUCGCCAGCCUUAUUGUCAAGGCCAGAUUUACUCACACAGGGGCCCUGGAGUAAAAAGUACCUGUUUGUGGUAAUUUGUUUAAACACAUACUUUAUAUAUAAAUAUGCACCAUGUACAUUUCGACACGUGACCCCUCGACAAGACAGGAAAAUAAUGCAGGACACCUUAAGGCUCUUAUUUUAGCUGAUAUUCUGCUUCAGUGGUGCUCAUUCCCAAACAAAUCAAUCAACUUACCACAAACUGACACAGAAUACAUGUGGGGCUUUUGGGGGGUCUGGGGCCACAGGCCAGUAGCCCGCUUUGCCAGGUUGGUAAUCCAGCCUCGCCUGUCAUCCUCAACAAGUGACUUUAAAAUAAAUCCUGAAUUACAGUCUGAAUAUGAUCACUUUUUAUUUGCUGUGUAUCUCCACAGUUUGUGGCAUUUGGCAAAGGUCACACCUGAAACUCUCUGUCCACGUCGGUCCGAACGCACAUAUUUUCCGUUCUUUCAUUAAACCGCAGAUUAGAGUUCACGUGAGGGAGGGGUUCAAAGAAGCAAGACAAACACAGUACAUUCAUUAUAAAAAAAAGGGAGGCACAGAGACGUAAUCAGGGGAAAAAACACAAAAAGAAUAGAAAUAAAUGUUUGGUGUUUCUUGUUCACAGUAACCAGCAGUUCUCUAAGAUAUUUUUUGAAGUUUGAAUUACAAAUGUAUAUUUGUCCACAUUUUGGAAAUAUUAAGGAAGAAUAAAAGUCUUAAACUUUUGAGUGUAAACUGGAUUCACCUGAAAGAAAUGCUAAAACGGCUCUGUUGUCCCGCCCACACAGCCCUGAUCAGCCACAGUAACUGAAAACACCUGUGGGUGUGCACAUAGGGCCUUGAAAUCUGAUUGGCUGCACCAGACACCGCCUCAAAACUCUCAGUCAUGAUUGGCUGCUGGCCCUGAUAGAGGCAAGUCCAACCGCUCAGUCUGUAAUCCUGAAUUCAUUCAGUCAUGAGGAGCAAACAGAAGACCAGCAGAGAAUCCAAUGUGAGUCAAACAAAAUCCAACUGUGGCUAAUGUGACUGAUGCUAAUGUGACUGAUGCUAAUGUCAUGUGUUUCAAUUUAGCAACAUUCAAAUUAUGCUGGUGGCACGAGGUUGGUUUGUAGGAAAAUGAGACGAUCCAGGCGAGAACCGGUGCUGCUCUCAUUUAUUCUUAGUGAUCAAACAGAGACAAAGCGGUUCACACUCAAAGUUAAGAGGUUUUUAAACCUUUUUAGAGUUCUUUUGUAUUUAUUUAUUUAAAAUGCAUUUCACACAUUUUGGAUGUGAACCAGUUUGCUUCGCUGGUGUGAACGCACCAGUUAAACAAAGUUCACUGUGCACAUUCUCAGUGUCGCUGUGUUUGCUGUCUACCACUGUGUCUUUUUUGAUACUAGCAGGGCUUCAUCAUCCAUUAAUCUGCCAAUUAGUUUCGCAAUUAAUUGUCUCUAGAACGUCAGAAAUUAGUGAAAAAUGCAGAUCACAAUUUCCCACAGUCCAAGUCUUAAAAUGUCUUAAAGAUAUUUAUUUUCACAUAAGACAAAGAAAAGAGCAAAUCCUCUCAAUUAAGAAGUAUUUUUGCUUGAAAUAUUACGAUUUAUGGAAUAACAAAAUAGUUGCCGAUUAUAUUUCUGUCGGUUUGAUUAAUUCUUUAAUCCCCAAAGUCAAAAAUAUUAAAAUCCUACACACAUGGCUUUGAAUCUUUGGACAGAUUGUCAAAUUCAAAAUGGCCUCAAAACGCAAAUGCUACCAAAACUCACCUGUAAAAACCUCCUGAACACUUCCAGUGAAUCUGACGGGACGUGAACGCAGCAGCUCUGUUCCCUCGUGGCGACACUUUCAGGGCUCUUUCACAUUAUGUGAUCCUGAUGUUUCCUCAAGUAGAAAACCAGGUGAAGGUCGAGGUCUGAGUUGUGGUUCAGCGGUUUGAAAUAAGAAAAGCACAGAGAGAAAUUGUCGCGGGUUCAUGUACGAGCUUUACACAGGAAUAUGUGUUUAUUUAUUUUGGCUUUCCUCAAAGCAGUUCAAUGUGCUGGAUUUAUUUCGUUUUUCGGCAGUUUGUGGGUCGCUGAAUUUUAUUCUCGAAAGUGUGGACUUUCAGGGUCCAACUGUUUUGUUAUGUUUUCUGGAGGAAUAUUACUUUGAAACUGUGUCAGAAAUCUUGUGGGUGACUGUAAGAAUUAUUCUGGUUCAUUUGUUAACACCAACGGAUGUGAAGGCCUUGAUGCGAGUCUUAGAGCGAGAACUCGGAGUUCUUCUUUAAGGGCAUUUUAAUCUUUUUAUCUCCGCCCUGACAGUUUCUUUUUGACCUACCGCACAACCUGAAACCUACAAACAAAAAGUCAGUUUCACAAAGAAAGUCUCCCAAGGACAAGCUUUUCUUUUCCAGUCUUAUUUUCUUCUAUUGGCUUUGCUGCUGUCGGCGUUUCCACAGAUUAACCUCCCAUAAACUCAAUAACCAGCUUUUAAUUUCUCUUUUCUACCUUCCUGUUGCACUAGCGCAUGAUUUGCCAGUAAAAAGACAAAAAAAAAACGUUGAGGAAAAUCUCACCAGAUGCAACACUUUUCACUCCUCAGUGUUUCCAACAUGUAAAAUAAGCUUUGAUAGUUUUCAGAGAGAUUAUUUUUAUACUCCCUUGUAAAAACAGAUCUUUCCAGAAGCUGCAGUCGCUGUCGCUGUGUUAACGUGCUGGAUGGGGUCACUUUGAGUGCUUUGGGUCUUUUUACUCGUUGGUCAGCUUGUUGUGGCUCUGUGUUUAGGCUGACAGUCUUGUCACGCUGUCAAAUGUGAAACUCACAAAUGUGUGAAGAGAUUUAUUAAUGGAAAAAAACUGCACAAAACAAACAAGUUUAUUCAUCUGCAAAUCCAGAUUUGAGAGCGUACGAAGUCAGAAAACUGCAGGACAAAGUUUGAGCACAAAAUCCGGAUUUUAUUAAAGUCGUAUUCACAUUAUAGCAGAAUAUUCAGGCUCUUCUUGCUGCUUUGCACAGAAUUCCUGGGAGUUUCUAACUAUUUGCAAGUUUUAUAGCCCGUCAUGAUCUCGUAGUUACAUUUAGAAACACGCCUUAUUAAUUAGUCCUCCAUCUUUAAUCGCAGAACUCGCCUUCAGGUAUUAGCUGCACUCACAAAGGUUCAGGUUUGAACUUUUAACACGUUACGACUCCGCUUGCAUCAGCUCAGGACCUGACCGUCGCUUGUACAACGCACUGAUCGAGAAAGCAGUUUCUCCGUGAUAAUGUCAAUAAAACUUACAGCAAGUUUGUACUUAACACAUCCAUGUUCAUGUGACCCGACUGGAGACACCUGCAACUGUGCUGGCUUCAUGUGCUGGAAAAGCCAGACAGACGCUAGUCAAGAGGUCAGCACUUUGAUGUCUUGUGCAUGUAUGCAGACACCCAUUGUAAUAUAUACAGAACCAUGUGUGUGUGUUUGCUCCAUUUUAGAGUAUUUCAGGGCUUAACAUUCACCGUCACAGCUUGCAUGUGACGGACACAAACUGACAAAACAAUUUGUCUUGCAGCUUCAAAACGCUGAUCAGGGUAGUGAUCCUGUGUUGCUCUCAGAUCUCAACUUGCAGACUGAUUUCCACUUUUUGUGUUCACUUAGUCGUCUUUUCAUCACUCAUUUAGCCUGCGUUAAAGCACCCAGUUUGAUUUAGUGUUGUCAUGCUGCCAGCCGUGGUGAGAGGAAGUCUCUUAGAACAUCUCCCUGCAGGUGCGACGGCCAGCUUUAACCAGCUUCGUGUCUGACGGCCGUUUCCCAGCCUACCUCCCGGCUACGUGUGUUGUCAUUACACCAUCUGAUGAAUGUAGCUUUAUACGUGAUGAGGAAACGUUCCCGUCGAGGCUUUUAGGAAACUCGUGGAGGGAGUCCGAGCGCGCAGAGAGUCAACAAUCAGAGAGUUUAUUAUAAACUCUGUUAUUUGACAAAAGUGACUCUUACAGGAGAAGUGCGUAACUAUAUCGUCAGCCGACAAAAUGGCAACACAGACGAAACAUCCAGAUAUUUUAAAGGUUUUUCGAUUGCACUUCAGGUCAUGAUUCUGCCCCCGAAAAAACUAUUCGUAGAGCAGGAAUUAAAAUCCUUUUUUAUCCAAAAAUAUUUGCAGCGGAGGGCCUGGGAUUGUAGAGAUGUUUCCAGGAGAUAUUCUCCAGGUUUGUCACCACGCAGCCAAGUUCGGCGAACAGUUUUCAUUUCUCUUCUGGUACCAGAUUUAAAACCAAACAAGCGAGCGCUCAAAUAACUACUCAAAGCUAUGCAUCCAAAUGAAAUAACACAGGUGUCUUUUUAUCAGCUGAUGUGAAGCUCCAGAUGUUGUCUUGAGUUUUGACCUGUACUGUGUGACACAUCUGUUGAUGUUUGUGUAAAUCCAGUGUUUUUAAAGCAGUUUAAUGUGUGUGAACGCGUGUUGAGUUCACACACACUUACUGGACUGAGAGUGUAAAGUGUCAUUUAGCACUGAGCAGUGUUGAUCUGUAUGAUAUGAUGUAUAUAUGGACGUUUUAUAGCAACCUAACAUGGAAUAUUCCUUUUGUAUAUGACUUUUAAUAAAAAUGGCUUUUCCCCAAGA